CGGAAGUCCGUUUAGCGUGCCUGCUGUUGUUGAUAGCGAGCACCCGUAGCGAUACAGUACGCUGCCAUUUCGUAGAUGAUCGUGUUUUAAACCACGCGCGAUCACGUUAAUUUGAUCUUAAUUCACCGUGUUGUUGUCUGGUUGUCAGUGUAGUCUCCGCUGAAGCUGCUAACAUAGCUAGGACAAGAAGCUAGCCUUUAAUGGAGGAAGUUAGCUAGGCGGCUAUAAUGGCCAUAGCCAUUAUAAUCUAACCGUUUACUUUGCAUUUCAGUUUUUAUUUCAGUUUGGUACUUGAAACGCUCAUAACAAGAUGACGAUGGAGCUGGACGUGUUCGUGGGUAACACCACUAUCAUGGAUGAGGAGGUGUACCAGCUCUGGUUGGAUGGAUACACAGUGAACGAUGCAGUGAAGGGACGAAUGGAUGGAGGAGUGAUGGAGGAGUGCGAGGCGAGUGCAGAUGUUCUACUGAGUGACACCAUGGACCAGUACAGGACUUUCCAGAUGUGUGAGCGUCUGCUGCACAGUCCAUCCAAACUAGGCAACCAGCUACUGUUCCAGAUCCCACCUCAUCGACAAGCCAUGCUCAUAGAGAGAUAUUACACCUUCGAUGAUGCAUUUGUCCGUGAGGUCCUGGGAAAGAAACUCUCCAAGGGAACAAAGAAAGACUUGGACGAUAUCGGAGCCAAGACAGGUGUGACACUGAAGAGCUGCAGACGACAGUUCGACAACUUCAAACGUGUUUUUAAAGUUGUGGAAGAGCUGAAGGGACCCCUGGUGGAGAACAUACGUCACCACUUUCUUCUUUCUGACAAGCUUGCGAGGGAUUAUGCUGCCAUUGUUUUCUUUGCCAACAAUCGCUUUGAGACGGGGAAAAGAAAGCUGCAAUAUCUCACAUUCCAGGACUUUGCCUUCUGUGCUGGGCAACUUAUCAGCAACUGGACCGUUGGGGCUGUUGAUAUGACAGUGUGUGACUUUGUAGAUAACAUGGUGGAAGACAUGGACGUGGAUCUCGAUAAAGAGUUUUUACAAGAGCUGAAAGAACUGAAGGUGUUAAUCACUGACAAAGAUCUGCUGGAUCAACACAAAAGUCUGGUCUGUACAGCUCUUAGAGGAAAGACUAAAGCUUUUAAUGAGAUGGAGGCUAAUUUUAAGAAUCUAUCCAGAGGCCUGGUCAACAUUGCCGCAAAGUUAACCAACACAAAGGAUGUCCGAGAUUUUUUCAUUGAUCUUGUGGAGAAGUUUAUUGAGCCGUGUCGUUCAGACCGAUGGACAGCUGCGGACAUUAGACUCUACCUUACUCACUACAACAACUCGGCACACAUACUUGACACAUUCAAACAUCAGGUUGUGUGGGACAGAUACAUGGGUGUCGUCAAAAGCUGUAUCUUCAAAAUGUAUCACGACUGAAGCGGUUUCUUCGCAGCUCGACCCUCAUUUUUCCCCACUUUUCCCUCGUUUUUUUUCUGGCUAUAUCCCCCCCAAAGCCGUUAUCUUAACCCUCGGUUUGUGGUUUUAUCUGUUUCGUUUUGUCAGCGGUGAUGAAUUCUGCUUCUUAAGCCCCAUUAUUGCUUUCAGUCUCCCUGUUUGCACCUAUAGAGUCCCUGCAGUGUCUGUACAUUUGGUUUGUAAAUAAAAUGAACGUAUUUACAUCAAAA